AAGUUGUCAUUCAAACAAUUCCAGAGAUUCGAAUAAUACGCUUGUUUUGUUUGCCUCUGAAAUAAAAAAGAAAGUUUUAGCUUUUCCGUGUUAUAAUUAAAAAGUUUUAAAGCCUUGAAUUCAUUAUAAUAAACGGAAUUGCACCGGAGAAGCGAGAUGGCACUCGUGAGCAACAACCUUGAGGAAUUUCAUCACGCGCUGGCCCCAACUUAUCACAAUGAGCAGGAGCUGAAAACUGUAGUGCAGAAGUUGAGCAGUUAUCCUACGAGCGUUAUCCAAUGUCGCCAAGAUCUCGUUACCAUUCACAACAUUCCCGAUAACGGCUUUCAUAAUUUGCCCAAUGCCGGCCCGACCCCCAUCAGGAUAAAGUCAGAGAUAAUGGAAGAUCACGACCCGCCGGAUAGUGAUAACAUGUUUGACCCAAUAGAUGUCGACCCUAUAGCAGUCUUAGGUCCAUCGGAACAGAAAGCUGGAAUGCAAAUCAAGGGGGAAAACGGAGAGCUAUUCUUCAUCAACGAAAUGGACGAUGAAGGCGACAAUGCGUUACUAGUUCCGAUGACUAGAACAAAUAAAAAAGGGAAAAAAGAUUCCGGUGGUUCGAAGAAAAAAGUUAGCUCGCCUUCAGCGAGUCGUAAACGUAAGAAAACUAUCGCGGACGACGGUUUGAUGGAAGAGGACGACAAUGCAUUACUGGUUCCGGUCACUAGAACAAACAAAAAGAGGAAAAAAGACUCGAAAGGUUCAAAGAAAAAAAUUCGCUCGCCUUCAGUUCGGCACAAACGUAAGAAAAGCGACGCGGACGAUGGUUUGAUGGAAGAAGGUGACAAUGCAUUACUAACUCCGAUUACUAAAAAAAAGAAAAAAAAGAAAAAAGAUUCGAAAGAUUCACGGAGAAAAGUGCGCUCAUCUUCACUCCGUCAUAAACGUAAGAAAAACGUCGCGGACGAUGACCCGAUGGAAGAAGGUGAAAAUGCAUUGCUAACUCCAAUCACUAAAAAAAAUAAAAAGAAGAAAAAAGAUUCGAGUGGUUCCAAGAAGAAAAAUCGCUCGUCUUCAGUCCGUCAUAAACGUAAGAAAAGCUUGACGGACGAAGAUUGGACGAAAGAUGAUGACAGUCCAUUGAAAAGUCCGGUUGAUAAAAAACGUAAACGAAGAAAAAGGGACUUGGAUGAUUCGAAGAAAAAAGUACGCUCUUCAUCAGUGCGUCGCAAACGUAAGAAAAGCAUCGCGGACGAAGAUUUGGUGACGGAAGACGAUAAUCCAUUACAGAGUCCGUUGAAAAAAUCCAGAAAAUCUUCAGUCCGCCAUAGACGUAAGAAAGACGACGUGAACAAAGAAGAGGAUCCGCUCAAAUGUAAAAAAUGUGAACAAGUUUUUACCUCAAAACCCGAACUCAAACUGCACGGCAAAACUCACGUGGUUGAACGUUUCUAUACUUGUCCACAGUGUCCGAAAGGGUUUAAGAAUUCUGCGAAGCUCAAACAGCACAUUCGAAUUCAUACGGGUGAAUGUCCCUUCGCUUGUCCACAUUGUCCGAAAGCGUUUAACCAAAAGACAACGCUCCAACGACACAUUCUAAUUCAUACGGGUGAACGACCCCAUAUUUGUCCCCACUGUCCGAAAACGUAUAAGGACCGUACACUACUCCAUUACCACAUUCGAUCUCAUACGGGUGAACGUCCCUAUCCUUGCCCACAUUGUCCGAAGAAGUUUAAGAAUUCUACAACGCUCAAAUCGCACGUUCGAACUCAUACGGGUGAACGUCCUUAUCUGUGUACACAAUGUCCGAAAACGUUCAGUAAUUGUUCAGCGCUCCAAACGCACGUUAGAACUCAUACAGAUGAGCAUCCGUAUACCUGUCCGCAUUGCUCCAAAAACUUUAAGGUAGCUUCAGCGAUGCGAUUGCACAUCAGGGUGCACACCGACGAGAGGCCAUAUGUUUGCGAGCUCUGCGGGAAGGCAUUUACCCAGUGUCACAGCCUAAACAAUCACCUUCGCCGCACACACAAACUCGAUCCGAAGUUGCCGGUGACCGCCAAUGAAAAGAUAGCUGAAGCAACUGAAGCAACUGAAGACUCCGAAUCCCCCCUUGACUGUACCACGAAAGACGUGAGAUCGCUUUCGGAAGUCAUCACGUCGCUCAGUGUGGGAAAUAGCGCAGAAUAGAGGAGAGUGUCUUUGUCAGUGAAAGUGGCAACGGUUUACCAAAAAAAAGUAUCAUGUUUUGUUUUUCUUAGUAUUUUUGCAUAUUCUUACUUCUUUUGCAUCGAACGGUCGAUAAAAUAUUGAAUCACAGGGGCCUACAAUGAAUAAAAAGUAGAAGAGUCUUUAACUAGGUCACGAACGGAAGCUCCACGUAAGACUGGUGUUCAGGACAAUUGUUUUUGAAGUUAGAUCUUUUCGUUUUUAAAUGACAAACUGAAUUUAAUUUUCGUCCGCUAUGAAAGCCGGACGAGGUGGCGUUAUGAGCAACUUACAAUUCGUCCGCCAUGCGGUAUACAAAACAAGGUAAACUACUUCAAAUAGAACACAACUGGCUUGAAUUUAAAUAUACGAUGUCAUCACCA